UGAGCCCGUUAUCAACCCUUUUAAUUGCAUUUUAGAUAGUGUAUCGUUUGCAAUCGCCUGUUUCGCUAUGUUCUAAAUCUAACCUGACGUCCACCAUGUAUAGAAUGGCGUCUCCAUCUACAUUUUUAAUUAUAGGUUCAGUGCUUUUGUUAUGUACAUCAAAUGUGCUAAGUGACUCUGUGAAGGUUAACUUGCGGACGCUAGAUAACGAAAAGUGUGGUGCUGAAAACGGUUGGUCUUUAGUCGAUUUAAAAAACCUUUCAAUAGAACCUAUUGGAAAUGACGAAGUACUUCGAGCUUCAACCUUCAGCUGCGCAUCAUUCCCCUUUCAUAACGAGGGAACUGUAACUUUGGAUAUAACUGUAUAUUACGAAGAUGUGUCAGAUCAUAGCAGAAUAGAAAUCCAAGUGAUAGAGAAUGGAAUUCUCCUGAAUAACUAUGUAUACAACAAGUCUAACGAAGACUUCGUGCAAGGAUGGAAUACUAUUUCUUUACCGAUCGCAAAGAAAGCUUCCGGAAUCGUAACCCUACUAGGAUUCAAUUAUGAUCAAGCCAUCGUAUUAAUAGACUCCAUUCAAAUAAAAAACAAAGAAAACGAACGAGAUAUAAGUAUAGAUCCUAGCAAUAUAGAUUUUUCUGAUAAUAUUAAUAAUUUUCUAGUCAACCCUCAUGCAAAAGGAGACACAAAAUUUGCACAAGAAGAAGAUUAUGUUACUUUUCCUAAAAAUUAUAAAAGCGAAACAAAACUUGACGUUGAAGAUUUUGUUGAUAUUGGCACCCCUGAUUUGUAUGAAACGGAAUUUAUAAAUGACAAUAUCAAAAGUAAUCCAAAAAUGGGCACAGAGGUACUUUACUCUAACAAUGGUAAUAUUAAUACAGAUAACAAUAAUGAUAAUGUGAAUGGAUGUAAUGAAUGCAAAAACGUGAAAGAUGGGAACAAUAAAGAUGAUAUUGGAGGAAACGUUAUCCGAGUAAAAGUGGACGGAAGAGAAGGAGAAAGGGAAGGUGAUGAAGGGGAAGGCGACGCAGGGGAAGGUGACGCAGGGGAAGGCGACGGAGGGGAAAGCAACGGAGGAGAAGGGGAAGGUGGAGAAGGAAGCGGAGAGGAAGGAAAUGGAGGAGAUGGAGACGGAGGAGAAGGAGAAGCUGGAGAAGGAGACGGAGGAGAAGGAAGCGGAGGAGAAGGAGAAGGUGACGGUGGAGAAGGUAACGGAGGCGAAGGCGACGGAGGAGAAGGAGAUGGUGGGGAAGGAGACGGAGGGGAAGGUGACGGAGGGGAAGGUGACGGAGGGGAAGGCGAUGGUGGAGAAGGGGAUGGAGGGGAAGGAGAAGGCGACGGUGGAGAAGGAGACGGAGGAGAAGGAGACGGAGGGGAAGGAGAAGGAGGGGAAGGUGACGGAGGGGAAGGAAACGGAGGGGAAGGUGACGGAGGGGAAGGAAACGGAGGAGAAGGUGACGGAGGGGAAGUUGAUGGAGGAGAAGGAGGUGGAGGGGAAGGAGGUGGAGGGGAAGGAGACGGGGGGGAAGGAGACGGAGGGGAAGGUGAUGGAGGGGAGGACGACAGUGGAGAAGGGGAUAGCGGGGAAGGAAACGGAGGAGAAGGCGACGGAGGAGAAGAAAAUGGUGGAGAAGGAGAUGGUGGAGAAGGAGACGGAGGGGAAGGAAAUGGAGGGGAAGGAGACGGAGGAGAUGAAGACGGAGGGAACGGCGACGGAGGAGAAGGGGAUGGGGGAGAAGGUGACGGAGGGGAAGGGGAUAGCGGAGACGGAACAGACGAUCCAUCUUUCUGGAAUGUAUGGACUAUAGUUCUAGUUUCUGUCGGUUCUGCAACCGUAGUAGGGUUAGUGGUGGUCAGCGCUUAUUACAUUGGAAAGAUGAGUGGGAAAAAGGAUGUCUCUACUGAGGAUGCAAUAUCUGACAUCGAAGCUCCAAGAAUUAUACCCAGAGUCAAAAAUGCUAGGCCACAAUACGAGAGGUUUGGUGGAAGUGAUUACGGUAAUACCACAUACAAUAGAUAAUAAAAAGCAGUGAAGAAGUUUAAAUCUACCACAAUUAAUACAUGUGUAUUAGAAUAUGGCACUGAAAUUAAAAUAAAAUCUAAUUAACUGUCAUACGAACUGAAAUUGUGCUUGUAAAUAGCCUCCUGCGGUCCAGGUUUCCAGCCACAAUUGUUAAACAAUGGAAUUUGGAUUUUUAAACGGUUUUGGGCCUUAAGACCAAAAAAUUAAAUGUGGCUGGUCAAGGUAUAAGUAAGUCAUAUUUUAUGGUUGUGUUUUUUACACUACGAUAGGUACUACGAUUGUGUAGUUUGGAAACUCUUAAUUAAGUAUAUUUAAUUUUUUUUUCGCUGAACCAUUAAUAGCGAUUCCUUAUACAUAUAACAAACAUGCAGACGAUGCAGAAGCAAAUCCACUGCUUUUCAGACUCAUAACAUAAUAACAAAUAGUUUAUUAAUCAUCCUCUGCAUGGGUUUUGCCCUUCUUGCCAAUAUCGUCAUAUUAAAUAAACACGCGAGCUGCUUUACUAUACUUAAUUUACGAGUAGGCAUACGUAUCUAUUUUGUGCAUAUAUUAUGUCCAUAACAUUAGUACAGUUAGUGCCAUAUUAUUUACCAACUCGACUCUAGUUUAACUAGUUAUAUACGGACUAGAAGUCAAAAAGCGAGCUAUGUUCACUUCCAUAUUUUUAUUGUUAUAUUUACUUGUGUGAAUAAAUACAUACCGAAUUAUGUCGCCUUAUAGUGAAAACCACAUAAGCGCGUUCUUAGAAAACACA